AUGACAGAGAGUUCGAUCGCCUCCGCCGUUGCGCUACCAGAACCCCCACAAUAUCCUGGUCCAGACGCUUUACAAAAGCGAAGACAGAGCGUCUCAAGCGAGAACAGCAGUAAACGGAGACGGCUCAGUGCAGACGGGGCCUCCGAACAUGCUGUCUCUUCUGCAACACCGUCGUCCACCUCAAAUACACGGCGGACCAAUAACUCCGCGGACGGGAAGGCAGCGAAUCAGCGCAAACCGGGGGUAGAAGAAGAACGAAAGCGUGGCCGGAGGCUUUUCGGCGCUUUACUUGGAACACUUUCUCAAAGUCCAUCCUCGCCGGCGCAAAGGCAGCGUUCAGAGAUCGAUAGAAAGCAACAAGAAAAGCUGAAGCUGCAAGAUAAAGAACACAAUGAGCUAACCAAAAAGAAAUAUGAAGAUCUUAUGGCGGCAAGGAGGAAAGACCAGAUUUUAUACAAUGAGCAAUCGAUGAAGUUACAUCACUCCAAUAUGCUAGCAAUGGCACACUCCCUCCGAACCAAAGCGGAGCCCCCUCUAUAUUAUCGGCCGUGGUACCUUCGGCCACAAGACGAGUUGAAAAUCCAGGACCAGAUUGCUGAAGCAAAAAUGACCAUAGCAAAGGAGAUAGAGGACGCUAACCUAUGCCAUAAACCGCAGCACGAGUUGGCUACUGACAAACUGGAACAUAAUGUUGCACACUCUGACCUUAACACGGCUGAGGCUAAGGAUACAGAGAAUCUCAGCGAGGCCCCGCAAACGGCCUCAACUAAGACAUUCUCCGGGCCGGAGAUUCCUAUUACGUCGCUAGUCCCUACUGAACUUGAUGAAGAGCACUCCGGUGAGGUACUGUUGGAGGAUAACGAGGACGCUGUGAUCUACUAG